CCUCUCAAUGUAAUGGUUUAUCAGAUUCACUCAGACCUUCUGAACGGUAACAGCCUGAAUCGUUUAUGCGGAAUCCAAAAGAUGACUUCAGCUACCAGCUUGCUGUUUUUAGUGAUCCAUUUUGCCUGUAUCAGAGCUGGAAAUUCCUCUGAGACAUUUGUCAAACUGGAGUGUAAAACAGAAUACCAUGGGGUUUAUGGUCAGCAGUCAAUUGUAGAGUGCAUUGUCAAACCAGUGGUUGAGAAUGUGACCAUCAUAAUGGUGACCUGGAAGAGAGUGGGAGCUGCUGCUAAAGCUGCUGCUAAUUUGUUGGAAUACCAUACAGAUAAAAUGAACGCAAUCCCUGGGUUUAAAUUUGCUGAGCCAUCCUGGAACAAGACGAAUAUGAAUGUGUCCUUGUUGUUGACAAAUACCAAGAUGGCCGACAAUGGGGAGUAUGAAUGCGAGGUGGAAACAGAUGUUGGGCCUGCCAAAGCUACACCCAACCUCAGUGUCACAUCUAAGUACAAAACUCCAACCAUGAGCUCCUUCCCUGACACCAACAUCCACGAGAACACGAAUGUGACCAUUUACUGCAACUCUACAGGCGGGCACCAGAAAGGGUUGAUCUUGUGGUUUGACGAGUUUGGCACAAACUGCACAGAGAGUGCUGAACUGGUUGCCAAAGAGACCGACGAUGGUCUGUUUAGCCUCGCCAGUAAAUUCACAGUGCUGAAGGCAACAUCCAGUUACACGAACUACACGUGCAAAGUGCUCAAUAUCAAUGGAGCCCUGGAGGGGAAGGCAUCAUUUGAGAUCCAGUUUGUGCCCCGAGACUUAGGUAGUAAAGCUGACAACUCUGUUUCCAACACCAAUUGGCUUGCCCCGGUUGUAGUCAUAGGAUCUCUGAUCUUUGGAAUCUUUUGGACGCUGUUUUUUAAGAAGCGCUCCGCCCAACGUGGCCACCAAACAGAUACCAGGCAUGAUGAAGAUGUUGAAGCAAAAGGUCUAAACAGUGACAGUCCACAGGACCAGCAUUCCAGUCACUUUGGCACUCAGGUCAAUCUGAUUGAGGCAUUUGUUUCUUCAUAAUCUACUGAUGAUGGCAGCCUUUAAGGUCUGUGGUUGAUUACAAAUUAUCUGUAACUGCCCUAUAUAUCAAUGUUUCUAUACAGGGUUGCCAUGGUGUCACUAUACUCUAGAUUCUACCACUGUAGAACAUUGGUAUACUGUAAUACUAGGUAAUCUGAUCACUCUACACACUAUACCACAAGGUGCAUGGGUAAACAUUCCACGUUUCUAAUACUGUAGAUUCUACCAUAGUGGUUGUUAUUACUAUACUGUAACACCAGACCAUCUAAUCACUAA